AUGGCCAGCCAGUUCAUGAAUUCUUCGAAAAUCCCUCGUCAACACAAGGGAAAACAACAACAACAUCAACAGCGGCCAGCCAUCUUUCCUUCCGGCUAUCGUUUCUGUCCGUCGGAAUCUGAGUUGUUGCUUAAUUAUCUCAGAAACAAGAUUCUUGGUUUACCUCUACCUUGUGACGUUAUCAAAGAAGUUGAGAUUUAUCGUUUUAAUCUCGAUCAGUUUACCAGAAUGAUAGUUGAAUUUACGGAUGGUAACGGAGAAGAUUCAUAUUUCUUCACAAUUACUGAUCCGAAAAAUCGUGUUGGGGGCCGACCAAGUCGAACAACAAGUGAUGGUUAUUGGAAGGCUACUAGUGGGGAUGUCGAAGUAUUGUUCCAUGGUGUGACUAUUGGCUACAAGAAGAACUUGGUCUUAUAUAUUGGGAAAGGAAAUACAGCAAGGAAAACCAAUUGGAUCAUGCAUGAAUAUAAGCUUAAUUAUCGUCUAUUAUUAUCGGAUGAUCAAAGAAAAGCCUUGGAUAGCCAGAUGAAAAAUUGUGUGUUAUGUAGAAUCCGAGACAAGAAGGAUUUCAGCAGGGUCAAUAGAAUAGAAACCAUACAAGAAACAAGUACUAGAACCAGCUUAAUGGAAAGUCUCAAGAGGGAACCAGAAGAUGAAGAAUUCUACACUGGUUUAAUGACAGAAAAGGAUCAUGAAACGAAGGAAAAAAGCACGAAAAGACCGGAGCAGCAUGAUCAUAAUGAGAUACAAAUUAGUGAAGAACAUGGAGAAGGAAUGGAAGAGUUGGAAGAGAUAGAAGAAGCCUCAACCAAAACAUGUAGUUGGAAUAGUGUAAUGGAAAAUCUUAAGAGGCAACGAGAAAAUGAUUAUGAAAUGAAGAAAGAAAGAGCGAAAAGACCGAAGCAUCAUGAUAGUAAUGAGACACAAAUUAAUGUAGAAUACAGAGAAGGAAUGGAAGAGCUGGAAGGGAUAGAAGAAGCCUCAACCAAAACAUGGUCUGCAGUACCGGUAGUUAGGCAUCACCUUAAAGUGUUCACAACUAGAGAUAUAAGUGAGAAUUUUGUUCUCACAGUUGUCACACUGUAUAUUCUCACAAUGUGA